UGCAAAAGUACUGCUCCAUUCGCAUGUCGGAACCCUAGAAACUCCAUCCAGCUGCAGCUCCUACCGCCUUCUCCGACGUGCUGCGAUCAACUGUGAGUGAAUCGACCUCCUGUACUCUAGAAUCAUCUUUUUUUUUUCGAUUCGAACGGAGUCGGGAUGAUCUUGUAACGAACUUAAAUCCUCACCGCCCAACUUCUCACUCGUUUCGUCAGAACGCUAUUCCGAUCUCCAUGACAGAAGCCAUGAAUCUCUUUUCCAGGCGCGGUAUCAGUCGAUUUUCUGGGGAAUUCAGCUCAGUUUGGUCGUUAAUGGCUGUUUACGGUGGUCGAGUCAUUGGGAUUACAGAGCUCAUUUUUGGAACUUCCUAGUAGAGCAUUGUUGUCAUGGCGUCGGGAUCUUUUUUUGCAAGAUUUGAUGUUGUCAAAUUCGAUGGAACCGGAUAUUUUGGUUUGUGACAGAGUAGAGUUAAGGAUAUACUUGUGCAACAAGGUAUGGUGAAGGCUCUACAUGGUGUUCAACCGGAUGGAAUGAAUGAGGCGAAUUGGAGGCAAAGGCUGUUUCUACAAUACACUUGUGUUUGGCCGAUGAAAUUCUCUAUCAUGUGAUGGAAGAGGAUUCUCCAACGGCUGUGUGGCGAAAGUUAGAAAGCCGGGAAAGCUGAAUUUUCUUUGGCGUGUGUUGCUCACUUUGCUUGGAUAGUUCAUUUAUAAUUGAGUUCACUGCAUAUGAAGCUCGUUGUUGUUCCUGCACUGCAAUUCAAGGCUUCUACUCUCUUCGGGACCUGCUUGAAUUCUUCUAACUUCCUUCCCACACAGAGUAAAAAUUUAGUUUUGAGGCCGUUGGUAGUUGAAGCUAGGGCAAGGUCGAGGGCAAAUACUCGGAGAGAGAGUGCAAAAGUCCGAAAUAUAAGAUUUAUGAAGAAGUUCAACGGCUCCCACACAAAGCCAAGGCUUUCUGUAUUCUGUUCAGAGAAGCAGUUGUAUGCUAUGCUGGUAGAUGACCAGAACAAGAAGUGUCUAUUUUAUGGAAGCACCCUGCAGAAGUCCAUUCGUGAGAAUCCCUCUUGUACCACCAGUGAAGCUGCUAAACGCGUUGGUGAAGAGCUUGUUAAGGCAUGUAUUGAUCUCGAGAUUAAUGAAAUAUCAUCUUAUGACCGCAAUGGUUUUGCUCGGGGCGAAAGAUUGCAAGCCUUCGAAAUUGCAAUUGGUCAAUAUGGGCUGCUGCCAGGAUAGAUCCAAUCUAAUCCUGUGCUUUCUUUGCAGAUAGUACGUUUCUCCAAAUCUAAUUAAUUUAUUUCAUAUGCUUAGUUUACGUUUAGUCCCCGGAAAGGUUCCUGCACCUGGGUUAUUUCUUCGACCUUUUUGGGGAUUGGCGAGCGAAUGCACUUUUUGAUAUUUUUCUCUUUUCCCCUUUUCUUUUUCCUUUUUAAAUUUUUUUUGGUCUGCCUAGCUAGAACAAUCUUGUUUCCUGGUCCUGAAAAGAAAUAGAAUUUUUAUGGAACCUAUUUAAUUUCUUGUUUGAAAAA